GUUUCUCAAUGCUCACCGCAACGGCCUCUAUCGCAAGAGCAACGGGUAGGCGUUGGUCCCCAUUUGAUGGUCAUCCACUGACGAGAGAGACGUCACACUACUCGGGACCCCAAGCGAUAGCAUGGAACAAAUUGGCUGCCAAAUGUAUCGGCGAGAUGAAGUACUUGUCGGCAAGUCCACAGCAAGGAGGCACCCUCGUGGUGUAUUUAUAAUAGAGGGAAUGUUGAACUCUCAAAGGCUAGAUUAUACAGUAGCGUCGUUACACAAAUCAGCAGUCAAUGACAGAGAUAGUACAAUGGAAGCAUCCUCUACAGUACCUAUAUAAACGGAUUGUGAGUAUCGAGAGUGAUGCAACUGAAGUAGUUGACUCCA